AUGGCAACUGUUCGUGCAGCCCGAGUUAUUUCCAAGUUUACACCUAGGAAAUAUCCCUCAUUGUCGGGUCAUGCAGGCAGAAACCUCUCAGUGUCUUCAUCAUUGGCAGCUCGAACACACAUCAGCUCCGAGCUCAAGGAUGAUGUGGCAGUCAUACGAUUCAAUGAUCCAAAAGCCACGGCGAACACACUGUGUCGGCACACAAUGUCUGAGAUUUUGGAUGUGUUGAGGGAGAUCUGGUCAAACGGCGCCGUGAACAGUGCCGUCUUCAUCUCCAGCAAGCCUGGCUGCUUCAUCGCCGGGGCAGAUAUCAAAGUAAUCCAGUCCCUAAGGGGCAGUGAGGAAGGCCGCCGCCUCUCCCGGGAAUUUCAGACAACGUUUGAGAUGAUGGAGAAGUCUCCCAUUCCGAUUGUCGCAGCUAUACACGGCGCCUGCCUGGGUGGAGGGCUGGAGGCUGCAAUGGCCUGUCAUUACAGAAUUGCCACAAAAAGCAAAAAGACUAUCCUGGGGUUACCAGAGGUCACGAUGGGACUGUUGCCUGCAAUAGGCGGCACUCAGAGACUGCCGAAAAUGGUGGGUCUCCCAGGAGCGUUGGACAUGAUGCUGACAGGCAGGAGCAUCAAGGCAGAUAAAGCUAAGGAGAUGGGUCUAGUGCAGCAGCUUGUGGACCCUCUGGGACCUGCAGAAGAGAGGACGAUAGAACACCUAGAGGAGGUUGCAGUGGGUGUGGCAAGGGGAAUUGCCAAAAAACAGGUUCCCCUGAAGCUGCAGCACACAGUGAUGAGCCUGUGUCUGGUGAAGAAUAACAUCCUUGAGGCUGCCAGUAGGAAGGUCCAGGCUCAGGCUAGAGGUCUCUACCCUGCUCCUGUCAAAAUCCUCGAGGUUAGCAACUCCCCUCAUUUGAAGUAG